GUCAGAUUAAAGGUGGCCAUCUUGAUUUUCCGUGUUGGCGAAAGAGGCAUUUCGAACCCCUUGUUUACUUUAAUUUUCCAUUACUUAUCAAGGGUUUUUGGCCUCUUAUUUGCAAAAAUGUCUGUAGUUGAUAAGUUGGACGCCGCAAGACACUCAAUAACGGGCUCUUAUGUGGCCAAAGUGGUUUGCAAAGCUUCUAGUCGCGAAGUUAUGGGACCAAAAAGGAAGCACUUAGAUUAUCUCACAUCGUGCACACACCAUGACAAUGUGUCUAUACCGAACUUGGCGGAUUUAAUUUUCGAGCGGUGUACAAAUUCAAGCUGGGUUGUAGUUUUCAAAGCUGAGAGCACUUUCCAUCACUUGAUGUCUUACGGAAAUGAGAGAUUUAUACAGUACAUGGCAUCAAGAACAUCAAACUUCAGUCUUGGCAACUUUCUCGACAAAAGUGGUGUUCAAGGUUAUGACAUGUCAACAUUUGUGAGGAGAUAUGGAAAAUAUUUGAAUGAGAAGGCUUCCUCGUACACAGAAAUGGGAUAUGACUUCUGCCGACUCAAAAGAGGGAAGGAGGAGGGUGUUUUAAGAACCAUGGAUGCUCCUAAACUCCUCAAAGCUCUCCCAGUCCUUCAGCAACAGAUUGAUGCCUUGCUUGAAGUGGAUAUUAAAUCAAGCGAAUUGACUAAUGGUGUGAUAAACAGUGUAUUUGUACUCUUAUUCAAGGUAUUUAAUGCAUACAUGUUUUUCUCUCUCAAGGCACCUAACAGCCUCUUGGAUGCCCUAGAAAACCACAUGCAAUCACUGGAGAAAGGAAAGACUACAACCAAUCCACCAGCAUCGAAGCCCCUGACAAUUCCAAGCAUCACUCUCCCGCCAUCUGCUACAGAUGCUUUCAGUGCUGGCAAAUUCACGACAAAGUUUGAGGGAAGUGAUUCUGUUGACACUGCUCCGAAAAGUGAUCUUCUUGAAGAGGAGGAAAAAUAUCUUGAAGCUUUCAAGAAAGCCAAAGAAUCUGGAACAUCAGUGCAAUUGCCUCUGGCCCAGCCACAAGAUAAGCCUCCCCAACCCACCCAGUCCCAGAAAUGGGAGCCAUUAGGUGAACCUGCUGAGCCGACACCAGCUCCUCAGGGAGCCCCCAGUGAUGAUCUUUUGCAACUCCAUGCAGCGUUUUCUGUUCCAGUCCAACAGUCAAGUUCUGCAGCUUUCUCACAAAGCCCUUCCUUCCCUCCAAGUCAGGCAUUCCCAGCUGCACAGGGUUUUGGACAGGCCCCUCCCCAGGCUGGUCCCUGGGAUGGCUCUGCUACUACAGUUUCUACAGGUUUUAGCACCAGCAGCAGCUCUACAAACCCAUUUGACAGCCAAGUACAUGAUGAUUUUGCUGCUGUGUUUGGCAGUCAGCAGACUACUGUUGACAAUACUCCAGCCAUGGGAGACAUGUUGGUUCCGACUGUGUCCAGCACAGGGGCUUCGAAAGCACCAUCUGACAGCAGCAUCAGUGGAGAUCAACCAGGAGGUUUGCAUGCAAGCCUAGAGAGAGUUGCAAAAUCUUUAGACUCAUUAUCUUUUAAUGGAAACAUCAUGGGUCCAUCUGGCAAAUCACAACACCAGUGGACUGCACCAGUACCACAGAGCAAGACAGGGGGACCAAACUGGCAGGCACCACCCACGUCAAGAACGUCGUUACCUCAAACGGGUUGGAGUGCGACAAGUCAGCCUCCCAUGCAGCAGUCAACAGGGUUCAGACCGCCCUUUGCACAACCAACUCCAGUGGGACAGCCUUUCAUGCCUGGCCAACAAGGAAUGUUCCCACAACAGGCUUCUGCAUUUCCUUCUCAGCCGUUUCAACCGCAGAGACCUGCACACCCACCAGACCCAUUUGGACCCAUUCCUGGCAGUCAGGUUAGAUUCUAAACCUAAAGCCUUGCAUGAUGGUGAAAGUGUAGGCUGGUCUGUAACAAAUCUUGUAUCUAAAUUUGUGAGAUUCCCAGUAGCUGAGCUAUUUUCUAAGAAAAAAAAGUUUUGUAACUGAAGUUUGGACUUUCGUAUUCAUGCACUCAACCUUGUUCCCAGAGUCAGCCUUCGUGAUGGCACAGGGUGAAAGAAAAGACCCUGGAAACUAGGUUGACAAGUUACCUGGCAUUCCGUCUUCACUCCCAGGUAGUUUCUAGUAGCUCUUUUCACGGUUAAAUUUUCUCAUUUGCAUUACAAUAUAAUCUAGCAUGUAUAUGAGGCAAUUUCGUGCUAUUUUGUAUUUUCAGCCCGAAAUUGCCUCGCAUCCAAGUUGGAUACAUUCUAAUGCAAAUGAGAAAAUCUAAACGUGAAAAAGGCUACUGGAUCGUCGUGUUAUGCUUCAGUAGAAGCGGGACAUGAUCGCUCAAAUAACUGCUUUCAAAGGCACUGAGAAGCAGAUGUUCGUAUACACAGGCCAGUGAAUGAAAAAGAAACCAACAGAGUUUUCCCUGGGUAUACCCUAUUAACCUGCAUAGCCGGCGGAAUUUUCGCGUGAGUGCAUUGUCUUGACAGUAGAACCUCUAACAAGAACAAUGAAGUUGCAAGGGAAAAUUGGAAUAGUCAAUUUUCUCUUGCGAUUCCGAAAGCAACUCCUCGCAGGAAAUCCCGCAGGAAAUCCCACCAGCUAUACAGGCUAGUGUACAGUGGAGUUCAAGGAUGUGUCAUGGUAAAGCUUUGACUUAUAAUUAGUUUCUUGAUUCUUUUGGUUGACUAGGGACAAUUAGUACUUAGGUUUCUUAUAUUAUUUGACCCUAAAUCACAGGUCUUAAUCAAGGACUAAGUAAUAGCACUAAUUCGAACAAAUAUUCGAGCAAAGGAGUGUCCUUUUAAUUUAGCCUUUUUUUAUUGUCCGCAAAUGAAUUUGCUUUGAUUCAGUAAUCAAAGUUGUGAUGUUAUUAUUAUUUUUUCUUAAUUCUGCUUCUGAUGAUACUUCAGGUUUUGCCUUCAUCUUUUGUAACCAACCCGAAAUUAUCCUUCGUGCAGACGAUUCGUACCUGCACGUAGCCCGACCCAUCACUGAGUAACAGAAAUUUUGUUCCCUUAUUACGUCUAAAUAAGGUCCCAUCCACACUAGCCGGAGAAAUGUGAAAACGCAGCUUUAUUUCUUCGGUCAGGCCUACCGUCCACAAUAAUCCGUCACGAAAACGAAGCUUUACGAAAACGCUCUUCAAACCGGAGGAAUUUGAAAACCCGACUUUUCGUUUUCGUGUGGACAGAAGCCAUUUUUACGAAAACGAAGGCGUCACGAUGGUCAUGUGAUUUCCCUGAACGAGUUUUCCUCAAGCACAGUUACAAAAUGACCGGUGAUUGUUGCGUUUUUUAAACUCCUCCCGCGUGGACGGAAAACAUGAUGUGUUUUCAGAGUGAAAGCUCGGUUUUCAAAUUCCUGCGGUGCAGUGGUGACGGGGCCUGAGUAUAACACAUCUUGAGUUUUGUACUUUUGCUGUUGAUUGCAUUUCAUAUAUAGAUAGUGUCGAUCCCAUUAUAAAAUGCCUGGAGAAGUUGAAAACACCGGGCUGUGCCUGGUGUUGUUUAUAAGCUGGUCUUUGGUCGUUUCUGUUAUGGACUUUUAAAAUGAGAUCCACUCAGUGACUAAUUAGAUUCAUUUCCUCGGAUUACACCAACUAAUCAGAUGUAUCACACGUAGAAGUAAGUUGUCGCUUGUGAUUUCUUAGAGGAGCUCUCAGGUCAGUAAACGUCGGUAAUGAAAAACAGUUUCCAACGUUGCUUAGCAUUAGACAGCGUCACUCAAACAUGAUUAGGCUUGUGACUUUUAAGGGAACAAUUUUGCAAACCAACGGCUUACUCAAACUUCGUAACAAUUCUAACUCGUUCUGUUUUGUCAAGAAAAUAACGCUGUUUAGAACUCGACACGCCUUGGAGUUUAGGUAGAAAUUUUAGUUGUAGCUUCCUCUACUUUGGCGCUUUUUGCAUUUUACGACAUGGAGUUCGUGUAAAGCGCUGAGAACAUAGGGUGCAGACAUAGCUUUUUACGUAUAACUGAACGAUUUAGAACGAUGUGUUUAUAUGAACUGUUCUCUUUUUCAACCGUGUUUUGGGUCGUAACACAAAUGACUGUAAAACAGCCUCGUUCUCAGAGUCUUCUCUCUGUCCCGAGGAAGAGAGGGCGCUGGAACGAUGUUGGUUGCGAAGAGACGAGGCCACAAUCCUUAUCCAUCAAUAACUUGUUACACUGGUAUGAAGUA